AGUAUUUUACUUACGUGUCAUAUUGAAAUAGUCAAUUACUCAUUAUCAUUACAAUAUAUAACAUUUUUUCAUUGCAUUGUAACAUUUUUUGCAAUAAAAGUAGCAUUGGCAAAGAGCGAUACAAACGAUCUGUGAAUCCAAAGCAAACCUUAUCAAUAAUCAAGUCCCAAGUCCAAGUUAUAAUUAUAUCCUUAGUUGGACUAUUGUCGUGGGCAGUUGAUCAACAAAUUACUAUUAAUUUGUCUUUCAAAAUAAUACAUCAUUAAAAUCGAGAACUAUGGCGUAUGUUACUGGAGAUGGAACUGUUGUUGAGAAAACACCAUUCAGUGUUUUUGGAUGGUUUUGGGGCCUUAUAAAUUUCUUCUAUCUUCUAUUUCAGACUUUGAUAAAUCCAAACUACAGUAAGCAUGGAGACAAGUAUGUAACAGACUACCGGCCCCCGGGCAGUGGACCACCAAAGCCUCCUUCAAGAAAGUUUGGCGGCUUCGGCCCCUCUGGCUCGGGCCCCGCCCCCCCGCCGAUGGGCGGCUGUGGAUGUGGCUAGUAUUGCCACUUAAUUGCUAACUUCCAAUAAUUAUAUGGGCAAUAAUUACGGUGCUAGGAGCCUUUGCAAAUAAUAAACUAAAUUAAACCAUAUAUAUUCACAUACCUUGUAACUGAUCUUAAUAUUAAUUUAUGUAUCACCAUACAUUUAUUUUUCUGCUUCAAUCAGUUUAGUUAAAUUAAAGUAUAUCAUAGAAGACAAUACCUUUUCCUAUUUUUAUUUGGAAGUGGCCCUCCAAUGGAACAUGCUGACAAACAAGCAGACCCAGGCGGCGCUGCGGCUGCAUCUUAUAACACUUGUGUAACAACACUGGGGUACCCUUGGCCUUUAUUAGAAGUUCUUAUGAAAUUAUAAUGUAGCAGACAAAUUGUUAUUCUAAUAUAAUACAGUAUAUUUUUAUAUGAUGAAUGAAGGAAGGAAAAGAAAAAGUGUAUAUGUAUGGAUAUUAAUAUACACAUAAUUAUAUUAGUUUUUGGGCAGGUACCUGCAUAUUGAUUGAUCUGAAGAAUGUAACUGGUAUUGAGGUGAGUUGGAAAAUUGUAUGUGAUGAUAACAUAAGCAAUAAUAAUAUAUAAAAAAUAACUGUCGUUGUCUUGUAAAAUGUUUUAAAAGUAGUUUAUUAAUAAGUUAUCUUAUUCUACAACAGAUAACAAAAUG